CGGGCAGCUGCUGCUGCAGCACAACAUGGAGGCGGCAGCGCCGCCGCCGCCGCCGCCGCUUUUGGUCCUGUUCCUAAUCGCCGCCUCGCUACUUCGGUGCAACUUGGGGUCUGUCGCGGCUUCUCCUCUCUUGCUUUUUGCAAACCGUCGAGAUGUCAGACUUGUGGAUGCUGGUGGAGUGAAGAUGGAAGCAACAGUUGUAGUCAGUGGCUUAGAAGAUGCUGCUGCAGUGGACUUCCUUUACUCACAGAAUGUUAUUUACUGGACAGAUGUGAGCGAAGAAGCUAUCAAACAGACUUAUUUUAACCAAAGUGGGAAUCUUGUACAGAGUGUCAUCGUUUCAGGGCUGCUUUCUCCAGAUGGCCUGGCAUGUGACUGGAUUGGGAAAAAAUUGUACUGGACUGACUCAGAAACAAAUAGGAUUGAAGUUGCUAAUCUCAAUGGAACAUCUAGGAAGGUUCUUUUCUGGCAAGAUCUUGACCAGCCAAGAGCAAUUGCCCUGGAUCCAGCUCAUGGAUACAUGUAUUGGACAGAUUGGGGCGAAACACCUAGAAUAGAGCGUGCUGGAAUGGACAGCAGUUUUCGGAAAAUAAUCGUGGAUUCUGACAUUUAUUGGCCCAAUGGACUCACAAUAGAUCUCAGUGAACAAAAGCUUUAUUGGGCUGAUGCAAAGUUGAGCUUCAUUCACAGAGCAAAUCUGGACGGCUCUUUCAGGCAAAAAGUGGUGGAAGGUAGUCUCACUCAUCCAUUUGCCCUGACAUUGGCUGGGGACACCCUGUACUGGACGGAUUGGCAGACGCGUUCCAUUCAUGCCUGCAACAAGAAAGCUGGAGAGAAUAAGAGAGAAAUAAUAAAUUCUCUUUAUUCACCAAUGGACAUCCAAGUUUUGAGCCCUGAAAGACAGCCGUAUUUUCACACACCCUGUGAGGAAAAUAACGGUGGUUGUUCACAUCUGUGCCUGUUGUCCCCAAAAGAACCCUUUUAUAGUUGUACCUGUCCUACUGGAGUCCAACUACAAGAAGAUGGAAAAACCUGCAAAGCAGGUGCUGAGGAAGUCCUCUUGCUGGCUAGAAGAACAGAUCUACGAAGAAUUUCCCUGGACAUGCCGGACUUCACAGAUGUUAUUCUGCAAAUAGACAACAUUAGGCAUGCUAUUGCAAUUGACUAUGACCCUGUUGAGGGCUACAUAUAUUGGACAGAUGAUGAUGUCAGAGCUAUUCGCCGGGCAUUUCUUGACGGAUCUGGAGCCCAGACUCUAGUAACAACAGAGAUAAAUCAUCCUGAUGGCAUUGCAGUAGAUUGGGUGGGUAGGAAUUUGUAUUGGACUGAUACUGGUACAGAUCGGAUUGAAGUUACACGAUUGAAUGGGACCUCGAGAAAGAUCCUUAUUUCAGAAAACUUAGAUGAACCUAGAGCAAUAGUGCUCAAUCCUGUGAUGGGUUAUAUGUAUUGGACAGACUGGGGCGAAAACCCAAAGAUUGAGUCUGCUUAUCUUGAUGGGUCUGAGAGGAAAGUGCUGGUGAAUACUUCUCUAGGAUGGCCUAAUGGUUUGGCAUUGGAUCUUGAGGAAAGCAAACUUUAUUGGGGAGAUGCAAAAACUGACAAAAUUGAGGUAAUAAGCCUUGAUGGAACCAUGAGAAAAACACUCAUAGAAGAUAAACUUCCUCAUAUAUUUGGAUUUACUUUACUUGGUGAAUAUAUCUACUGGACAGAUUGGCAGAGACGAAGUAUUGAAAGGGUUCACAAGAAGGGGGCAAGUCGGGACAUUAUCAUUGAUCAGUUGCCAGACUUGAUGGGUCUUAAAGCAACAAGUGUCACCAGAGCAGAGGGGACAAAUCCGUGUGCUGAGAAUAAUGGCGGCUGCAGCCACCUGUGCUUCUUCACACCCCAGGAGUGCAGAUGUGCCUGCCCAAUUGGACUGGAGUUACUUAGUGAUAUGAGGACCUGCAUCAUCCCAGAAGCUUUCCUUGUCUUCACCAGCAGGGCAGCUGUUCAUAGGAUUUCUCUUGGAGCCAGCAACAAUGAUGUUGCCAUUCCUCUUACGGGUGUGAAAGAAGCUUCUGCUCUAGAUUUUGAUGUAUCUGACAACAGAAUCUACUGGACAGAUAUUAGCUUAAAGACAAUAAGCCGAGCCUUUAUGAAUGGAAGUGGACUGGAACAUGUGAUUGAGUUUGGGUUAGAUUACCCUGAAGGCAUGGCUGUAGAUUGGAUGGGAAAGAAUCUCUAUUGGGCAGAUACUGGAACCAAUAGGAUCGAAGUGGCCCGGUUGGAUGGGCUAUUCCGGCAAGUUCUUGUGUGGAAAGAUUUGGAUAAUCCAAGGUCAUUGGCUCUUGAUCCAGCAAAAGGGUAUAUGUACUGGACUGAGUGGGGAGGAAAACCCAAAAUUGUUCGAGCAUACAUGGAUGGAACAAAUAGCAUCAUGCUGGUGGAUAAGGUGGGACGUGCCAACGAUCUUACCAUUGAUUACAAGGAUCAAAGAGUUUAUUGGACUGAUCUGGACACGAGCAUGAUUGAGUCAUCCAAUAUGCUAGGACAAGAGAGAGAAAUAAUAGCAGAUGAUCUACCUCACCCCUUUGGGCUAACUCAGUACAGUGACUUCAUCUACUGGACAGAUUGGAACCUCCACAGUAUAGAAAGAGCUGACAAAACAAAUGGGAGAAAUCGAACAAUUAUUCAGAAUCGUCUGGACUUUGUGAUGGAUAUAUUAGUUUUCCACUCAUCACGACAGGAUGGUUUCAAUGAGUGUGCACAAAAUAAUGGGCACUGUGGGCAGUUGUGCCUGGCCAUACCCAAUGGCUAUAGAUGUGGCUGUGCAUCGCACUACACCUUGGAUCCCAAGACCCGGAACUGCAGUUCACCCAGCAGCUUCUUGCUAUUCAGUCAGAGGUCUGCAAUAAGUAGGAUGAUACCAGAUGAUCAGCAGAGUCCAGAUAUCAUUCUUCCCAUCCAUGGCCUAAGAAAUGUUAAAGCCAUUGAUUAUGAUCCACUUGAUGCAUUCAUCUACUGGGUAGAUGGCCGCCAAAACAUUAUUAAAAGGGCACAAGAUGACGGCAGCCAGCCUUUCACAGUCAUGAAUAUUCGCAACCAAAGCCAAAAUCCAGAAAAGCAGCCACAUGACCUGAGCAUUGAUAUUUUCAGCCAUACUUUGUACUGGACUUGUGAAGCUACAAAUACAAUCAAUGUCCACAGACUUAAUGGGGAGCAGAUUGGAGUUGUUUUACGGGGAGAUCAUGACAAGCCCAGGGCCAUAGUUGUAAAUGCAGAACGAGGGUACAUGUAUUUCACUAAUAUGCAAGAGCGAGCCCCAAAGAUUGAACGUGCAGCCUUAGAUGGAACAGAACGAGAAGUGCUCUUCACCACUGGUUUACUUCGACCUGUUGCACUAGUGAUUGACAAUAAGCUUGGGAAGCUCUUUUGGGUGGAUGCUGAUCUCAAACGAAUUGAAAGUUGUGACUUAUCAGGGGCUAACAGGGUCACAUUACAAGAUUCUAACAUUCUGCAGCCAAUGGGUUUGACUGUUCUGGGAAAUCAUCUCUACUGGAUUGAUCGGCAGCAGCAGAUGAUCGAAAGAGUGGAGAAAACCAAUGGAUACAAGAGGACCAGAAUACAAGGUCGAAUUGCUCACCUAACUGGUAUACAUGCCGUUGAAGAUAUUGAUAUGGAAGAAUUCUCAAACCAUCCGUGUUCCCGAGAUAAUGGGAAAUGUUCACACCUCUGUAUAGCAAAAGGAGAUGGGACUCCAAGGUGUUCCUGCCCUGUUCAUUUGGUACUUCUCCAGGACCUCUUAACGUGUGGAGAGCCACCAACCUGUUCCCCGGAUCAGUUCACGUGUGCAACUGGGGAGAUUGAUUGCAUUCCCAUGGCAUGGCGUUGUGAUGGCUUUUCCGAAUGUGACGAUCAGAGUGAUGAAGAAAACUGUCCCAUCUGCUCAGCAACCCAGUUCCAAUGUGAGAAGGGACAGUGCAUCGAUGCACAUUUGAGAUGUAAUGGAGAAGUUGAUUGCCAAGACAAAUCUGAUGAAUCUUAUUGUGAAAAAAAAAUUAAAUCCUCUAAUGAUUCUGGACCUCACAGUAAUGCUAUUGGGCCUGUGAUUGGAAUUAUUCUUACCCUUUUUGUCAUGGGAGGCAUGUACUUUGUUUGCCAGCGUGUGGUUUGCCAACGUUACGCUGGGCCUAAUGGACCUUUUCCACACGAGUAUGUCAGCGGGACCCCUCACGUCCCCUUAAAUUUCAUUGCUCCAGGGAGUUCUCAGCACGGGACCUUUACAGGCAUCUCUUGUGGAAAAUCCAUGAUUAGCUCCAUGAGCCUAAUGGGUGGAAGCAGUGGUGCCCCUCUUUAUGACAGAAACCACGUCACUGGAGCUUCUUCUAGUAGUUCAUCCAGUACAAAAGCCACAUUUUAUCCACAGAUUUUGAAUCCACCACCUUCACCAGCUACAGAUCGCUCCCUCUAUAACACAGAAAUGUUUUAUUCUUCAAACAUUCCAUCAACAACAAGGUCUUACAGGCCUUAUCUUAUCAGAGGGAUUGCUCCACCAACUACCCCCUGCAGCACAGAUGUAUGUGACAGUGACUACACCACAAGCCGGUGGAAAGCCAACAAAUACUACAUCGACUUAAACUCAGACUCAGAUCCUUAUCCUCCACCUCCUACUCCUCGCAGCCAGUACAUGUCAGCAGAGGAAAGCUGCCCACCAUCUCCAGCUACCGAGCGGAGCUACUUCCACCUUUACCCCCCUCCUCCAUCUCCUUGUACAGACUCCUCAUGAUUUUAACAGAAGGGACUUGUCUUUUUCUGUAAAUAUAUUUUUUAAAUAUGAACAAAGAUUUUAAAUAUAUAUAUUUUAUGAUCUAAAAUGGGGUGGGUACUUAUAAAAAUGUGAAUAAAAAUGAAUGGGCCUGGGCUGUGAAAAUUGUACAGCAAAGUGAUAUUUAUGUUGAUUUUUUUUAAUUUAAUAAUCCAUUCUUUUGUGCCAUAAUUUGCCUUUGCAUUGAAGUCACAACAUUUAAAUUGACCUCCAAAGGAGGUGAGAAGCAGAAAAUAAUAUGCUUGGAACAUUUUGAAAUCAUCUUUUGGUUCAAUAAAGGGGAAUGUGCCAAGUUAUUUUAACUAAUGUAAAAGGCAAGAAGAAGUAUGUAUGAAUGAAUGAAUGAUGAUGUUAUUUGAAAUGCACACAAGGGAAAUUCUUGUGUGUCUGUGUAUGUCUGUAUAUGUGUGUGUGUCUGUGUGUAUGGAUUAAUACUUGAUCCUAGGUACUUAACCACAAAAAUGGGCUUCCUAUGCUUUCUUUUGUUUUAUUCCAUCAUUCACUUUCCAAGAGAGUCAGUGCAUUAAAAAAGUGAACUUCUAGAAUACGUGUUAGAUUUAUUACAUUAUUCAUCAUGAACUACUUUUCCCCAAAUUAAAAUAAGCAUUCAGUCCUAUUGAACCCAUCACACUUCUAUUACGAGUCUGUCAAAUUCCAGGCACUGCUUCAUGUUUUAGCUUUCUCUGAAGGCCCCCCAAAACAGCUCAGGAGAUUUGGAAAUGAGAGGAGGGAGGAAAGGAAGGAGGUGGUGGUCAUGAUAGAGAUAGAAAUAGAAUUGAAAAGUGGAAAAAAAGAAUGAAUCAAUUUUCUGAAAGAUUAAAAUAGUUUAGAAAAAUGUAAUCCCCCAAAGUGUCUUUUUCUCUCACAUCCAGUGAAAAUUUCUAUUUAAAAAACUAUAACAAUUAAAACACAUUUCAUCAAUUAAAAACAAUUUAUAAAGAGUUCACUGAAUAGCAAAACUAUUCAUCCAAAUUGAUGCAUUUGUAUAUUUCUUGAAUAAGGGUCUACCGAGGUCCCUGGUUGUAAAGAAAAAAGCAAGCCUUCCUCAUUUUAAAACAUAACAUACACCGCCAUCAUAUUUUCCACUGGGUAAGAAUCCAAAUUUUACCCUCUCUAGCCUAUAUAUAAUAUUAGAGAGAGAGAGAGAGAGUGAGCGCGCACACAGGAGUAAGGAUCCGCAUAAUCAGAGGUAGCAUUCAGUAAAAGAUCAUUUUAUUUGGAACAAAACCCAGAAAAAAAGGUGCUUUUCAUCACGGGUCAGGAAGAAAAUGAGCAACACGUCUCGCAUUACUGACUGUGCUUGUGCUUUUGUUUGAUUGCCUCACACAGAAUGUUUGAAAGCUUGUAGAAUUAGGAGACUGAACAAAUAAUGAAAUAUGAUUGGAAAAAGAGGGAAAAGCCAAAAUUACAGUAUGUUUUCACAGCUGCGUAACAGCAGGUACAGCCGGCUUUUGACAGUCAUAGAAUCAUUGACAAUGAUGAAAAUUGUUUUUUUUUUACAUUUAUAGCUGGGUUUUAGCAAGUAUUUCUGGCCAAGUGUGAGGUGAGACUUCUUCUUCCUCUGGCCCUUUUUUCCAGAGGAAAUAAGGUAGAGGUCUAUCUAUCUGUUAUUUCUGAAGAUGUUCCCAUUAGUCUAUUCCUAAUUGUUUGGAUAUGGUUUAAUUCUGAGGACUUGCAAUUAGGAUCUUUCAGUACAGGAGAAUUCUGAUCUCUCAAGAAACUUAUAUUUUGCAGUCAUGUGAUUUUACUUUUCUUUCCAAGUUUAAUAUGGGAGCUAAAAAAAAUAGAAUUAAUUAUUUGUAUGCAAAAAUAUCCUUACCUGAAUACUUUGGGGAGGUCAAAUUUUUUUGGGUGUAUUGCCUGUGUGUCUAGCGCAAAAAUAGUCCAUAGCAAUGCAUCUAGAGUGCUCAGCUCAAAAAUUAUAACAUUCCGUAUUAAUAGUAACUCAAAUUGGAUUGGAAGAUAAUACAUUAACUUCUUCUAAGUCCAGGAUUCCAUUUCUAGGUUUGUUACAGAUAAAGCUAGUACGUGUGUGCACGUGCACACACAUACACACAAUUGUUGAGAGAUUUGCAUCCACUAAUUUUCUUUAUAAUUGCUUUUAACCUUUUGUCUAGCAUUUAUAAAAACAUACCCUUUAAUUCUUAACAUUACAUGCUUUGAUUUACCAUUGCCAGGUUUCUGUUGUCUAAAAUGUACUGCACAUUAAAAUUUGAAUAAAUAGUUUAUUUUUUAAAAGAAAUGUAAAUAACCAUAUUAACCUGCUUGCUGAAAAAAGUGUACUGUAUUCAGUGGUGAUUGGAUACUUUAAGCAAUGACAAAAUAACUAAUGCUACCGAUGUGAACAGAGUACUAUGAUGCUUAUGGCUACAGUCUUGCUUGCUGUUAUAAAUUUGUGUUAAUCACGAAAAUUAAAUAUUCUGCUUUCUUGAUUAACAUGUUAAUUGAGAAACAUCUCACCAAAUUCAUAUAAAUGAUCAGAUUUGCCCAACUGGAGUUGUUGUAGAAUUGAGUGAAGUCAAAAAUACCUUAUCAAGAAAUAAUUGUUACAUUUUCAUUAUUUUAAAUUAUUUCUCUCUCUCCGAUCCACAAUUUUAGCUAAAAUAUCUUAAUAUCAGUAGUACUCUGGGCUAUGAUAUUAUCCAUUUCUUUUUUGACAUAGGUCUCAAUGAAUCACAUAAAAAAACCACACUGGGAGCUUGGUCGUUUGCUUGCAGACGAUUCAUUACCAAGGAGAAAACCACAUUCCCAUCAACACUAGCAGGGCGAACUACUGUAUAUAAAUAGAGAGCAAACCCCACACUUAAACUAGCACUGAUAAUAUUAUCUAGUCUGGUAAUGAAACAUCUGCAAGUAAACAACCAUGCUCAUAGAGCACAAAGGACUUCACAGUUCAGUUCUCUUCUGUUAGAAAAAAGAUACAGUUUACCAAAUCAUGAAUCAGUGCAGAGAUUAAUUCUAAUUUUUACAAGCUAUUUUGAAAUGAUACCAUGCAAACUAUUGAUUGUAAUUUUGGCUUUCAAGAGCCAUCCUAGUUUGGGAUCAUUGGCCAUGUUGCCAAAGAGUUACAAAUGACAUAAACCAGGGUGGCUAGUGAACUGAUACGCUUUGGAUCUCAUUUUUUUUUAAAGCCGUGGUUUGCUUAACUAAUUGAAUAAAUACAAUUGCUAGAUUUAUGCUAGGCCUGAACCAAAUCACAUUAUGACUUAGCCCAUGAAUAUGAACCCUAUCUUUAUAUUCUAAAUACAAUGCAUGUAGAUGUAUGUAAAUGUAACUGAUUGGCUUUAUUAAAAUUUAAGGAGCAAGUAAACUCUUCUUCAGAUCUCGCCAUAGUGCAGUGUCAAAGGUUAACUUCCUUAUAUUGGCUUGCCAUUGGUUAGUGGCUGUGUGUGGCAUCUCACUACCCUAGGGAAAUCGAUUUAAAUGUUUAUCUUUUCAAAAGUGAUUGUUAAUGUUGGUGAAAUCUUAAGUAGCAUAUCUCUACCAACCAGACUGGGUUUUACUUUGUAGAAAGAUUUCAGAUUGGAUACCUAAUCCCUGUAGCUGAUGUUUGUUGGGGUCCACUUAGAUCCAUCUUCAUGGACAUUAGUUUUUAAAAUCCAUAAUUCACUGAAAGUAGUUAUUGAUCUUGGACCUGAGAGCGAGCUUGCUCUUAGCAAUUUACACGUUAGGACAACUAAGCCUUUUUUAAAGGAAAUGCUGGUCUUAACAUGCAAUAUACCAAAAGUCUUUGAAAAAUAUUUUAAGCACCUUUAGAGAUGGAGUUCAGUUCCCUGGAAGUUUCCUUUGCCAAUUUUAUGUGUGGAUGUAGGUGGCUGGGGUAUUGGAUGGAAAGCAGUGUGUGGUGUCAAAUUUAAUUUGUAAAAUAAUAUUUGUUGAAAAUAUUUUGUAAAUAAUGUAAUUGUACUAUUUGCAAUUAGGGGAAAAAACAAUCCAUUUUAUUAAAUAAUGAAUAAAAACUAUUGGGCCUGGAUUAAAAUGGAGCAAAAUUAGGCUUGCCAAGUUACAAACUCAUGAAUCCUCUUUUAUUUUUGAGCCGAUUGAGCUCAGCUAGGGGAAAAGUCAGCUAACAGCUUUUCCAACUCCCGCCUCCCCUCCCGUGCCUAUUAUAUAUCUACUUUUUGUUUUGUGGGAUACACAUUUCACUGCUCACAUUAAAUCAUAGAUCCUUUAAUAAACCAUAGGUGGCUGAUUUUACAGAACCCUAAGCUAUAAACUAUUAUUUAACAAAUCACGAUGGUUCACCCACUGCAGUAAACCAAACCCAAUCAUCUUAUGGGCUAUUGCAAUAUGUGAACUUUCCCAUAGGAUCUUCUUGGUCAUUUCACUAAGAAUGAGGGAAGCAGAAUAACCAAUUAUGGAAAAGUGGAGAGGGGCGGACGAACAGCAGAAGCAGUAGCUGGCUCAUCCCACUUUGGUGGGAACAUGAAAGAGGGGGAAUCAUUGGAUGCAACCUGGCAAUUUACAUUUUUAAGUGAGUUAUGUUUUACUGUUUAAUACAUAACUCGAAGGGCAUUCUAAUUAGAAAUGAAACCCAGGCUGCUUUUUGUAUUGUAUCUAAGUAUUUUGCAGUUGCUGCUAAUGUAAUGUAAAUGUACAUGAAAAUAUGCAGAUAUUGCCAAGAAUUGUUAUAAUAGACUCAUGCUGAUCUGUUUUAUAUUUAUAUUGUAAAGUGUAUUCUGCAAACCUAAAUAUUUUAGCUUUAUAUUCAUAUAUCAUUUUGUAGAUACAGUUUGUCACAGAGAAAAAGUGCCUUUGGUCUUUUUAAACAGUCUAGGAUAUUGACUUGGGCAGAUGAUAACAAAGCCUUAAAAACAAAGCAACCUUUUACUCAUUUGCUCCAUUUGUUAGUUUUUCAUCAAGCAUGGUGUUGCAAAUAUGUAUUGUGUUCAACUCAUUCCAAGUUAAGGCAUUCACAGGAUGGUGGGACUCAGCUUGUUUGUAUAUGUGAAUACGUCACUAAUUAUGUGAUUUUACAGAGAGUUGUGCUUGUUUUUUUUUUUAAAGAAAAUAUUUCAGAGAAAUCUGGGAGAAUUUUUUUACCCAGAAAUUACAAAAUUGGGAGCUUUAAGACACCCAAUGUGCUCCUUUUCAUUUCACUGUUUAUAUUUUAUGGAUGCUAAAUAUGCUCUUGGUAUAAAUUUUUGUAAAAUUAUGUAACAAAAUCUCUGUUAUUAAAUUAGAUUAAUGUACUUUCCUAAGGAUUGGAAUUCCAUUUAAUUUUUACUACAAUAAUAUUGACAUUUAUAUCAUAAGCACAAGCUUUACCAAAAUCACUAUUUUGAGUAUUAAUUGGGCAGCUGAAAAUAAUCUUUUGUCAUAUUAACGUCCAAUAUACACCAGGAUAUGCAAAAGCUCCCUUUCCAACAAUAAAACAGAGCCCAAUA